AUGGGUGUUCCUAAGUUCUUUAGAUACACAAGUGAAAGGUACCCGUGCCUUAACGAAUUGGUGAAACAGUAUCAGAUUCCCGACUUUGACAAUAUGUAUUUGGACAUGAAUGGCAUCAUUCACAAUUGUUCUCAUCCAGAUGACUCUAAUCCACACUUUCGGAUUACAGAAGAAAAGAUAUUUAAAGAUAUUUUUCAUUACCUGAGCAUAUUGUUUCAAAUUAUUAAGCCGAAGAAGCUGUUUUUUAUGGCAAUUGAUGGUGUAGCUCCAAGAGCAAAAAUGAAUCAACAAAGAGGAAGAAGAUUUCGAUCUGCAAGGGAGGCAGAAGAGUUAGAAGCAAAGGCAAAAGCGAAAGGUGAGGUGUUACCUACUGAAAAAAGAUUUGAUAGCAACUGCAUAACACCAGGCACAGUGUUUAUGGCACGACUCCAUGAACAGUUGAAGUACUUUGUUAAGAUGAAGAUCUCUACUGAUCCUUUGUGGUCUAAAGUAAAAGUUAUUCUCUCAGGACAUGAGACCCCAGGAGAAGGUGAGCAUAAAAUAAUGGACUACAUACGUUGGGCUCGCUCCCAGCCAGACUAUGACCCCAACACAAGACAUUGUCUAUACGGCUUGGACGCUGAUCUUUUUAUGUUAGGGAUGUGCACUCAUGAACCACAUUUUGCCUUGCUGAGAGAAGAGGUGAAAUUCGGUAAAACGACACAAAGAGCAACCAGCAUAGAAGAGACAAACUUCUAUCUCCUUCACUUGGCUCUACUCCGAGAGUAUUUGGAACAGGAGUUCAUUUCCAUAAAAGAUAAACUGCCAUUCCCAUUUGACAUAGAGAAAGUGGUGGAUGACUGGGUGCUUAUGGGAUUCCUGGUGGGGAACGAUUUCAUCCCACAUUUACCCAACAUGCAUAUAAGCAAUGAUGCUCUGCCGUUGUUGUACAAAACUUAUAUGACUGUUUUACCAACGUUGGAUGGCUAUAUAAAUGAAUGCGGUGACUUAAACCUGGCCCGUUUCGAAGUGUUUAUGCAGGAAUUAGCUAAAAUAGAUAAAGAGAAAUUCCACGACACUUACGCAGAUCUCAAAUAUUUUGAGGGGAAAACUGGAAGACGGCCUAAUUUUAAUGAAAGGAAAGAGUACAAACCGAACAACGACGACACAUUUAAUGUCAACAUAGACGACAUUAAGGCUAACAAACCGGAUGAUGAAUUGCAAGCGCUUAUCAACGCGACUCAAGAAAUGUUCUUAGAUGAUAUGGCUUUAGACGACGAUUACGAAGAGACGAGUGAUGAGGACGCGACCAUGGAGAUGGAAUUCAUAUUGCACAAAAAGGACUAUUAUAUGAAUAAAUUGGAUUAUUCCAAAGUCACUGAUGAGGUACUAGCAGACCAGGCGGAAGGAUACGUCCGUGCGAUACAAUGGAAUCUCUCCUAUUACUACAAGGGUUGCGCCUCGUGGUGCUGGUACUAUCCCCACCAUUAUGCACCAUAUAUCUCAGACGUUAAGGGGUUCAAGGACUUAAAGAUUGAAUUCGAACUCGGCGAGCCGUUCAAACCAUUUGAACAAUUAUUAGCAGUGUUGCCAGCAGCGAGUAAGCAUCUCUUACCAACUCCAUUCCACGACCUGAUGACAGAUGAAGACUCACCAAUCGUCCAUUACUAUCCACAAAGCUUCGAGACAGAUCUGAACGGCAAGAAGAACGAAUGGGAAGCGGUUGUGCUGAUACCAUUUAUCGAUGAGACGAAUCUUCUAUCAGCGAUGGCUCCGUGCUAUCAAAGAUUGACAGAAGAAGAACUAAAGCGGAAUACACAUGGACCGAUGCUUGUAUAUAACUGGAGUCCUAAUCCUUUAGGUCCAACAUCAGCACCAGAUUAUUUCCCGUUAAUCCAGUCGUGCCACGCGACAGAGCAAACAAUAUGGCGGGCGGAACUGGAAGUCAGCGCCGAACAAUUAAAACGCGGGAUGCUGCCGAAUGCUCAAAGUGAUCUGUUGUUCCCCGGUUUCCCCACGAUGCGACAUUUAAAAUAUGAAACGGAAGUGAAGAAGUCCAAAGUGAAAGUGUUCGACCAGCCGUCGCGAAACGAGAAUAUGAUUGUGAAAUUAUUGCCGGACGAAGAUACGAAUCCACCUCUCCAGAGAUUGGCGGAGAAGCUGCUCGGGAAAGUCAUUUGGGUCGGCUGGCCACAUCUUACACGGGCGAAAGUGGUGUCCGUAUCGAACGAGACGUUGCGCUUGCACUACGUCGACCAGCAGAACAAUAAUGUGAACGGCGUCAAGACCUCCGCAGAACACAAUACAGGCAACCUCCACAGACAGUGGAUUUCCGAACGGUCUACGGUUAUUGAGCACAAUUUGAACCGCCUGGGCAUCGAACUCGGCGACGUACAUGUACUUAUACAUGCCACUAAUUUAAAAGGUUAUAAGUACGCAAUACAAAACAACGUGCACAUGGUCAUGGAGGAAGAGUGGUGUCAAACUCCAUGCGGUUAUGCCCUUCAAGCGGUGGUUGCAGAUGCGAAAGCGGCCAAUCUGAGGCCACCAGCCAAGUUCCUGACAAUAACUGACGCGUAUCCUACUGGAGAUAGUGUCUUCCUGCUCACCCAGGGGCAGUAUUACGGGUGUCUUGCUACAGUGGUAAGUUCUGAGGCGGCCCGCAGUGGACGGAUAAAAGUGUGCGUGCGAGAAAGCACCGAGCCCGUUGCCAAAGCUCACGCGACCGCGUGCCCUUACCGCUCUGCCAACCACGCAGCGGCCGCUUGUGGUAUUUCGCCGCAAAUGCUGUCACGAAUAACGGGGUCCGUUUUAGUGAUCAUGGGCGUGAGGAAUGAUCUACCGACGGAGAACCAACAAAAGAUCAACAUUGGCCUCAAUCUGAAGUUUAACAAAAAGAACCAAGAAGUAUCCGGCUACACUCGUCGUUGUAAAGUGACAAACGCGUGGAUGUACUCGGAGCGUUGCAUCGACCUCGUGAAGAGCUACGCGAAGGCUUUUCCGGAACUCUUCGAUCAGCUGGCGUAUUCCAUGAACAGGGACGUCUUCUUCGAGGCGGAUUUGUGGCCUGAAAAUAUGGGGGAGGGGAAACCGCAGUCGGUUCAAAAAUGGUUGAAGGGCCUAUCCCACGGCUUAUCAGCGCGCAGGCAAUGUGGUUCCGAAGCUCUAGAACCUGAGGAAAUGAAAGCCGUGUGGAAGGACUUGGAAGACCAGCUGACAGAAAUUAAAGAUCAAGAGAAAAGUGUCACUUUGCAUGUUAAGUGGAAUCUGUUAUAUAAGCCAGAACUGCACGAAGGCAACGUUGCGCCAGAUGCAAAAGCAGACUACAAGAUAUACGACAGAAUAGUUUGUGUUGCCAGGAAUAUCACUGUUCCGCUCGGCGCGAAAGGCACAAUUACAGCUAUCUACCAACCGACUGAUGGCAACACUGUUAGAUUGUCUGAUAAAAUGAACGCUCAGCCGACUUAUCAGGUAAUGUUUGACCACCCAUUCACCGGGGCAAUGUCAGAAGAGCUGUUUGAAGAGGCGAGGUUUUACAGGAUGUUACCAGCGAACAUGUUAAACAUCUCCUACGGCCGUAAGACACGGAGCGUCGUCAAAAAUGACAAUAACGUGGACACUGGCGCGUGGGGCUUCACACAACCGCCGGCGUUGCUUCGCAGGGACAACACACAUAACUCCGCGUUCGCUAGUUAUAGCCCGCCACGAGAAUUGAUGAAAUUUGCGCCUGAAAGUCCUAAAGUGGAAAAAGAAAAUGGUUCUGCAAAGGGUGACCCUACGUCUCUUCUGAGGAGUCUUCUGAAGAUAAGCGAAAAUGAAACGGAUCAGAGUAAACAGAAUAAGACUCAACCCGAAGUAAAUAAAAGUUGGCGGAACAAGGAGAAGCAACCGAACGUGCCAGUGCAGGCAAAGCCUCAGCAGAAUUGGAGAAAGCCCGUUGACAAUCAGUUUCGGCCGCCUGCGCCUAACGAUUGGGUUAAUACUAAUUCUAACUAUUAUAAGAAUCAGCCACAACCACCGCCAUUUGUCCCAUUCGCUCCCCCCUUCCCUGGUCCUUCGCAGGCGCCCCCCAAUGGACCACCGCAAUUUAGAGUUGGAAACCAGUUUCCCAAACAUUUGCCUAAUGUCAGCGCAUCGCUAUUACCUAGUUGGACGCAACAGGCUCCACCUCCAGCAAUGUUUCCACCAAACAAACAACCGAACAACCAACAGAUGAACCAGCCUAAGUUCAACAAUAACGUGCCCAAUCCCUUCGUACCGCUCCAAGUGCAGACCAGUCAGAGACGUGUCAACCACGUGGGUCAACCGCCGAGGAAUAUGGAAGGAGCGCCUGCGCAGUCGUCAACGCUGCCCAAACCACAGCCCGUAGUGCCGAAGGCACAACAGAACCAACAAAACAACCCGAACAAGCAAAAGAAGAGAAGACCCCGAAUAGCAGCCAACCUUCCAUUCCAACUUGACUAA